AUUGCAGAUGAGAAGCACACUUGUGUUCUCUCUUUACUCUUUAACUGGAUCCUCAUCAGCUGGUAGCAGACACUCCUGUAGUGGGUGUUACACCAGCUUAGAACAAUUGUCCAACACCAACAAGACCAUAAACAAGGGUUGGUGCAGCAGCAGCUUUCUAUAGAGGAAUCAACAAGUGUGCAGGAGGGGCUGGACUCGCUGAGCUCCGUGGCUUCGGUCUUGUCGCUCACAUUGCGGAUGUGUGCGGUUGCUUGAGGAGGCUGGCUGUUGUUUUUUUUUUUUUUUUUUUUUUGUUUUGUGUCUUUGCAAUUUAAAGUGGUAUGAGAGCGUGGAGCUUUUGUAUGGCUAAUGGCACAAGUAGAGGACUUGGUUUUCAAAAUACAAACUUUUCAAUACCUGAAACUUGACGUUGGCUGGACCUGUAAUGUGAUUAGUUUGUUCAGAUGACUAAAUUGUAUAGUGCUUUAAUGCGGACACGGAACAGAAUCUGAUUGGCGUCUAAUUGAUUUAUGGGCUCAGUUUUUAUUUAAUUUUUUUUUGUUGACUGUUGAUCCUCUGACCUCAAUCAUUGAUCAUGGUCGGUGGAAGAAGUGCCGAUCUGGCCCCAACAGCCGCUGUCAAGGUCUUUUCAGCUGGAACAGCUGGCUGUGUGGCCGACCUGGUCACUUUCCCCCUGGACACAGCCAAAGUCAGACUGCAGAUUCAAGGUGAAUCCAAACCCUCACCGGGAGCCCAGAGAGCGAGAUACAAGGGUGUUUUUGGUACAGUCUUCACCAUGAUAAAGACUGAGGGCCCGAGGAGCCUGUACAGUGGACUGGUGGCAGGACUGCACAGACAGAUGAGCUUCGCCUCAGUCCGCAUCGGCCUGUAUGACACCAUGAAGCAGUUCUACAACAGGGGGUCUGAGAAUGCAGGAAUCGGGACGCGGCUGCUGGCGGGCUGCACCACGGGGGCGAUGGCGGUGGCCCUCGCUCAGCCCACUGAUGUGGUGAAAGUCAGGUUCCAGGCUCAGGUCCGCCUGCCUGAGAGCGGCUCUGUGAAGAGGUACAACGGCACGAUUGACGCCUACAAGACCAUAGCCAGGGAAGAGGGCGUUAGAGGCCUCUGGAAAGGCUGUCUGCCAAAUAUAACUCGUAAUGCCAUCGUAAACUGCUCCGAGCUGGUGACUUAUGACAUCAUCAAAGAGCUCAUCCUGAAGCACAACCUGAUGACGGACAACAUGCCGUGUCACUUCACGGCAGCCUUCGCAGCAGGUUUCUGCACCACCAUUGUAGCGUCUCCAGUGGAUGUGGUGAAAACGCGCUACAUGAAUUCAGUGCCUGGCCAGUACAGCGGUGCCAUUAACUGUGCCUUAACCAUGCUGGUUAAAGAAGGACCCACUGCUUUCUAUAAGGGAUUUAUGCCCUCGUAUCUUCGUCUGGGCUCCUGGAACAUUGUGAUGUUUGUGAGCUACGAGCAGAUCAAGAGAGCUGUGGUAAGAUUUCAGCAGUCCUGGGAUUCCCAGCUCUGACCUGUCUGACAGCUGUUUUGACACUGCAUUGGUGUUAUUCGUGUGACAGAGCCGGCACUGUUUGUGGCUAGCCGCACAUUAUUCAGAGAGGGGAAUGACUGCUGCUGCUGGUCCGGACCUGUUCUUCCUCAGGGAUAGAAUACAUGCUUCGUCUUAAAGAGGCAGCUCUCAAAAGAAUAACUGCAGGGUUGAUUAAUGAUGAAUGUUUGCUGACUUGUGCACAUUAUUAUUAUAAUUUUUAUCUAGUAUUUUUAAAUGGCCUUUUUUGCAGAAGACAUUUUGACGUGUCAGAGGAGGAAAAGUACAGGUGUAAAUAAUGAAAUGAAUGAAGCCAAAUUCCAUUUAGUUUCAGAGUCCUUGUAUUGUGCUGCUGUAAUGACUCACUUAAAUAGAACAGAGACCUUGUUAAUGUCCUUAGUAACACCUGUGCUUUUCCUACAGUCAAAAUUUCUGUUCAGAAAAAUGUUAAUUUAUAUUUACAGAGUAAAAUCUGGUGUGGAUGGGGAUGCAGAGUUUCCUGCUAUCAGCUAUUAACAGUAACUUACUGGUUUUCCAGGUCUUAGUUGGGUUUUGUAUUUCAUGUCUGGUUGCUGUUAUUAUGAUCAUGUGAAACAAUGCAGUCUUUCAUAUGAAUUUUAAGACAUUAGGAUUAAAAUUAAGUUAUUUUCAUUAUGAUUAAUUAAUUUGUCUUUAAAGAGUCAUAAAAUAACGCUAAAAUCUCAUUUAUUAAAAAAAAGGUCAAGAUAUUUAAUUUACUGUCAUAUAAAACAAGAAAAAACAGCAAAUCCUCACAAUUGAGAUGCUUGAAUUGCAGAAUAUUUGACAUCUUUCUGUCAGUCGACUAGUUGAUUUAACUUACGGUUUCAGCUCUAUAAGGAAUGAGCCAGAGUUAUGUAAUGCUAAAAAUAAAUGUAAAUAAUGUUACAAAUUAUAUAGAUAUGGGAAAAUUGAAAUAAUAUGUAGUGUAAUAAUAUGGGUAUUGGUGAAUCAAACGGAGACAUCAUCCACAAAUGAAAUACAAACAUAUAAACAGAAUAAACCAGAAACAUCCAUCAUCCAAGUCUGUUUUAAAAGGACAGAAAAAAAAGAGGUCAACCAACACUGACCCACAUUCGGACAGGAUGAACCCCACCACGUGUCACUCCAUACCUGCUCUACUACCGUAUGCUGAUAUUGAUACUCUACUGUAUAAUCCAGUUUACAUGAGACCAUUCAGGGGAACAAUGUGAAGAUAAAACGCCCUUGAACUGUGAGACACGAAUCAGUACUAACAGCCAAUGAAAAUGCUUUUCAGACAUGACUUUUUUUUUUUAUGACCGUUGUGUUUACAUUAAAUAUAUGUGUUGCCAUAUGUUCUGAAUAUUG